AUGGCUAGUGAGAGUAGAACAUUGUUGGUUCUCGCUCUUGUUAUUCUCUUGGUUGCAAUUGCCAUCAGGCAAUAUUGUCUCCAAAGGAAUUCCCAAGUCCCUUGCCUUUUUAUCUUUGGGGAUUCUCUGUCUGAUAGUGGUAACAAUAACAAUCUUGAAACUGAUGCAAAAGUUGAUUACCUCCCAUAUGGAAUCGACUUCCCAACUGGCCCAACCGGAAGAUAUACCAACGGGCGAAAUGCAAUUGACAAAAUAACUGAACUUUUGGGACUUGAGGAUUUCAUCCCACCAUUUGCAAACCUUAGUGGCUCGGACAUACUCAAAGGUGUCAAUUACGCAUCCGGUUCAGCUGGAAUUCGCAAAGAGAGCGGCACCAAUUUGGGUACUAACAUCAACAUGGGGUUACAGAUAUAUUUUCACAUGGCCAUAGUUUCACAAAUUUCUGCCAGACUUGGUUUUCACAAAGCUAAACGACACCUUAGUAAGUGCCUGUAUUACGUGAAUAUAGGCACCAAUGAUUAUGAACAAAAUUACUUCCUUCCUGAUCUAUUCGAUACAAGCAGCAAGUAUACCCCUGAGGAGUAUGCUAAAGAUCUUAUUAACCGGCUAUCUCACUAUUUACAGAUUCUGCGUAAUCUUGGGGCAAGAAAGACCGUGCUGGUUGGGUUGGACCGUUUAGGUUGCAUUCCAAAGGAUGAGAUAGGUGAAUCUUGUGAUGAAAAGCAGAAUGCUGAGGGAUUCCUUUUUAAUGACCAGCUUAAAUCUCUGGUGGAUGAACACAACAAACUCUUAUCCAAUUCCAAAUUCAUCUUUAUAAAUACUACAGCCAUAGUCCAUGACAAAUCACACGGUUUUACAUAUAUUCAUGAUGCUUGCUGCCUAAGAAAUAAAGAUGGAGUUUGUGAUCCUAAUCAAACUCCAUGCCAAAAUAGGUCUGAGUAUGUGUAUUGGGAUGGAAUUCACGGUACAGAAGCUGCAAAUGUACUCACUGCAACAAUUUCAUAUAAUACUUCAGACACAGCUAUAGCUUACCCAACAAAUAUCAGAAAGCUUGUUCAUCAAAAAGAAAUAAAUUAGUUCAAGGUGUCCUUAAAUAAGUUCAAGUUAUAUAUCUUGCUUGAUCAUUUAAUUUCCUAUUUUUGAGAAUAAUCAGAAGAGUUAAAUAUGUAGCAAGACAUAUUUUAAAGUCUUCCCCUGCUCCUUUGUAAUUGUGUCUGUAUUCUAGUAUAACUGCAUAACUACUUUCAAUAAAUGGAUAACGAAUUGCAUUGGUUUGA